UUAUUGUCUUGAUCAAAAUUGUGGAUCCUUAUAUAAUAUUGUUAGUUCGCCAUGUCGAAAUUGCAAUGGAAGUGGGCCAACUUUGGUUAUCAGACGCAAGAGAUUCGAACUUCAAUCGUUUUCGGCGCAUACGGAGAAAACGUAAUUAUUGUCCUCAAAAAUGACGAGGUGCUGGCCUUAGGGAGAAAUCAAAAAGGGUGUCUUGGAACUGGCGUCCAAGGUGAAGUGAAAGAGCUCAAGCGCAUUGAAAACUUGUGUGGGCAACGAAUUGAAGGAAUUGAAUGUGGUGUCUGUGCUGCCGAUCUUGGCUCAUUCUGCAUGUUUGCUAUUAGUGGAUCUGGUUCCGUAUUUUCUUGGGGAGAAAAUGACGAUGGACAGCUUGGAUUAGGAAACUCUGAAGAAACUGUCUCCAUGCCCACUAAAAUUUCAGGUUUUCUAAGGCGGAAAAGGGUUGUCCAAGUGGCCUGUGGCGGGUAACAUACCCUAGCUUUAACAUCGGAGGGAGAGGUGUACGGUUUCGGUUGGAAUUGUCGUGGUCAAUUAGGUUUGGGAAUCACAGCAAACUUCCAAUGUCUUAAUCCCCAAAAGGUUGGCGGACUUCUGGAUGGGAAAAUUGUAGCCUCGGUUGCAUGCCAAAAUUUUUCUUCUUCAGCGCUCCUACAUUCAGGAGAGAUUUUCUCUUGGGGUGACAACCGAUAUGGCAGGUUGAGCGCAUCUUCAACUCCAGAGGAGGUACACAGUCCCUGCAAGGUGGUCGGCCUGGAAAAAGUCGUGAUUUCCAAAAUCGCUUGCGGAGACUGUUUCAUUCUCGCUUUAUCCGAGGACGGGGAAGUGUUCUCAUGGGGAAGUAAUGAUCGACGCCAGUUGAGAACCACCAAUGGGAUCAUGAGACCAGCCAUUAUUUCUACAGAGGUGGAAAAGGUUAGAGACAUUGCUGUCACUAGUUACGAAAGAGACUUGUGCGCGUGCGCUGCAAUCACUGAAGAGAACAAGGUUUACAUCUGGGCCAGAUGUGGUGGCCAAAAUGUUUGGGAACCAAUCCUCACUCUCUGCUCGUCUUUGGACGAAUUGUUCACUGGUAAUGCCUCUCCUCCAGCGAUCACCUACCAACAUCUUCAAUUGCAAAUUACAAAUCUUGAGAGCAAGACGAAAUGCCCGAUAAUCAAGCGUUUGCAAGAAUCAUUUGACAAACCUGAAACUGCUGACUUCGCAUUCAUUGUUGAGGGGAAGAAAAUCCAUGUGCAUAAGAAUCUCUUGAUAUUCGGCAGCGACGUGUUCAAGAAUUUGUUCCUUGGAGAUUGGAAGGACAGUUGCCAAAAGGAGAUGGUCGUCGAGGAUCACAGUUACGACGCUUUCUACGCGUUCCUCAAGUAUUUCUACACGGAUGAAGUUGAUUUCACGCCUGAACUUGCUCUUGAGGUUUUCGCCGUAGCCCACUUCUAUCGGGUGAUGGAUCUGAUGGAAGAGUGUGAAAAGAUUCUGAAAACAGGUCUGACAGUGCAAAAUGCAGCUGCUGUCUUCGAGAAGGCAAUUUUGUUUGGAGCUAAGGACCUGUGCAAGUUCUGCUUUGAAUUUUGCCAAAGGCAUUUGGCUUAUGUCGUGAACAAUUUCGUGUCUGAUGACUGCAAGAGAGAGGUCUUCUUGGAAGUUUUUCGUCAGGCGGCUAUUCAAAAGAAUAAAAAAUAAUGGAACAUCUUUUUCAUUAUUGAUUGCUUUAUGUUUUCCAAACAUAACAAUGCUUUUAUGUGUUCGUGUUGCAAAUUCCAUGUUCAA